UGAAAAUUAAGUUUGGAUAGAGACCCCUCAAGAUGUCAAAAUUUGCAUAAUUUCCACUGUUUUAUUUUUAAAUGAGAAAAAAAAAAAAGGACUGGACCCCUCUCUGCUACAAAUAUUGUGCCUAUAUAUGUAUGUGUAUGUACUUUUACAAAGAAAUGCUUUGAUUUUUUGCCCAUCUUAAAAAAGUGAACACAUAUCUUAAUUGAGUAGUUUUUCUCUUUGGCCUCCCAAAGAAAAGUUUGCCUUUUCCUGAUCUUGAAAUUCUCACGGCAUCAAAAUUUUUUUAUUAAACUAUAUAAUCAAUUAAUCAUUUUCCUUUUCCCUCUUUUUAUUGAUUUUGUAUUAGUUUCUUGUUUGUGAAAAUUAUGAAAAUAAGCUGAGAGAAAAGAGAGAUUUUUUUUUUUUUUAGUAUAUAUUUUUUUGCAUGGCAACUCAUGGAGUUGGAGAACCUUCUUUACCUGAAUCUGGAAAUUCACACAGCCAUCACCAUAUCCCAUUUGCAGUUCCUCAUCACAUGCUUAACACACCAUAUAUAAAUCAAGAAGGACCAGCUUUUGGUUUUGGAGAGUUAGAAGAAGCAAUUGUACUGCAAGGACUGAAAAUCAAUAAUGAUCAUCACCACAAAAAACAACCUUUAUAUACAGCAAUCAGACCUGCAGCAACUCUGGAUAUGUUCCCUUCUUGGCCAAUCAAAUUCCAGCACAAUACUCCAAGAAGCUCAAAAUCAAGAGAAGAAAGUACUACAGAUUCUGUGAACACAAUCUCCACAAACAGAUUUGAUCAUCAGCCGGAAUCUCCCAUCAGCACCACCAAAGAUCAAUCUUUUCCGGCGGCCGAGAUUAAAAACCACCGCCUCCCGCCGGCGCAGAUGGAAACCGCCGGAGUUUCACGGGCUUCUCAACAGCCACCGGCCAAACAAAACCCAGAAGUAAAGAGAAGGGGGCCUGGUUGCAAUUCAGACAAAGUGCUUGAUGCUAAGACAUUGAGACGUUUGGCUCAGAAUAGAGAAGCAGCAAGAAAAAGCAGGCUUAGGAAAAAGGCUUAUGUACAGCAGCUAGAAUCAAGCAGAGUUAGGCUGAGUCAGCUUGAACAAGACCUUCAGAGGGCUAGGUCACAGGGGCUUUUUUUAGGAUCAGGUGGGGUUGCAAGUAGCAGUAUUAGCUCGGGUGGUGCAAUAUUCGACAUGGAUUACGCGAGAUGGCUAGACGAAGACCAUCGGCACUUGUCCGAACUCCGCAACGCACUGCAGGCCCACUUGCCAGAUGGCGACAUGAGGUUAAUAGUCGAAAACUACAUUGCACAUUAUGACGAGAUUUUUCGCCUCAAAGGAGUUGCCGCAAAAUCCGAUGUCUUUCACUUGAUAACCGGCAUGUGGGCCACGCCUGCGGAGCGCUGCUUCCUCUGGAUGGCCGGUUUUCGCCCUUCUGACCUAAUCAAGAUGUUGAUAGCUCAAUUGGACCCGUUGACCGAGCAACAAGUGAUGGGUAUAUACGGUCUCCAACAGUCAACUCAGCAGGCGGAGGAGGCUCUAUCUCAAGGUCUCGAGCAAUUGCAACAAUCUCUAAUCGACACCAUAGCCAAUGGCUCGAUUAACGAUAACAUGCACCACAUGGCCAUUGCAUUGGGCAAGCUAGCCAAUCUCGAAGGCUUUGUUCGCCAGGCUGAUAAUUUGAGGCAGCAAACACUACACCAACUGCAUCGUAUAUUGACGGUACGUCAAUCAGCUCGAUGUUUCCUUGUAAUCGGAGAGUAUUAUGGCCGAUUACGAGCCCUAAGUUCCCUUUGGGCAUCAAGACCUAGAGAGACCUUGAUCGUAGACGAUAAUUCUUGCCAAACGACAAUGGAUUUGCAGAUGGUACAAUCUUCUCAGAAUCAGUUCGCAAACUUCUGAUGAGAAAAAUGUUUCUUGAUUAAUUGCUAUUACUAAAAAUAUAAAUUAGGCCAUAUAGUUGCAUGCAGUCCUAAGCUAUAUUGAGGUUGUCUAGCUAGGUUGCUUUUAGAGAACUAUUAGAAUUGUUUUAAUUUUGCUCUUAAAUAUUGUAAUGUCUACUAUGUAAAUGAAAAUUAAAUUCUUAUUUAUGUGUCUUUGCUAUCUAAAUUUUUGGUUGCUGCAAUUUUAAUUGUAUACAAGUAGUUGUUGGUUGGAUAGUUUAAAGCACCAAAGAAAAAUGCAAAUGGAACAAAUAUAGGAGGGGAACAGUAGAAUCUGCUGAAGACUGCUAAAUCCAAUUUGGGAAGCUUUUGUUGGAAGCUUUAGCUAUCAGACACGGGUUAUGUAUUGCACUUGGGUCUCAGUCUUCAAACGGUUUUAACGGAUUCUAUGGGCGUCAUCAGCGGGAUUUCGUACUAAUAUGAUCUCGAUCCAUUGAUUGGAAUGUUUCAUGAUAUUAGAGCACUGCUCCUUUCCCUCAGUUGUGGCCGAUGCGGUUAUUUACCAAGACAACAAAAUGGGGGUGACCCACAACAUAGCUAAAU